GUGCGUCCAGGACAUGUUUCCAGUAUCAACGAUAAUUAUCCUCUCUUUUCUCUUCUUUUUGCCGUCCCCGGGGGCUUGUAGUCCAAGCUCGAUCCCACUUUCGUUCAGCCUCGCGCACGAAUAUCGCCUGCCUCACCUCGAUCACGCUGGCACAGAACAGAUCAUAUUCGACGACACUCGUGCCCGACCCAGUGCUUCACUGGCGCUGCGUGCUGUUCCCACAACAAUAUACCGGCCUCGAUCGGCUGAGGCAAUACAACAUGCUCGAUGGCGAUCAGUGAGGCAUGCUCAGAGCGAGGAGGUUCAAUGGGAUCAGGUUAAGGUACUAGGCCCCGAUGUCGGGGACCGACAUACAAUAUCGCAGCUUGCACGGAUGACAGGGAAUGCAUAUGCCCUUCCUGGACAGAAGAACUGGUAUGACAUCGAUGAGGCAUGGAAUGUUAGCUUUCCGUUUGGGUGGGGAGAAUCAGAGGGAGGACCUCGUGGUCAUGUCUUCGUGUCUUCUGACAACUCGACUGUCAUAUUGUCGAUCAAGGGUACGACCGUCCAAGGAGCCACGUCCAAGAUUGACAAAUACAACGAUAACCUCCUCUUUUCGUGCUGCUGCGCCCGCGUCGAUUUCUCGUGGGUGUUCUCCACCGUAUGUGACUGCUACUCUCGUCACUGGAGAUGCGACAACACCUGUCUCUCCGAGGCGCUUAUUCAAGAUAGCCUGUUCUAUUCGGUUGGAGUUAACCUCGUGAGCAACUUGACCACCCUCUUCCCACACUCAAAUAUCUGGCUAGUCGGUCAUUCCCUCGGGGGUGCACUUGCUUCACUCCUCGGCACCACCUUCGGGUUCCCCGCUAUUGCCUUUGAAUCACCCGGCGAAAGCUUGGCUGCUCAUCGUCUCCACCUCCCCUUACCUCCGAGGUCGCCAACGUCGAGCGCUCCGUCCGCCCCGGUAACUCACGUUUACCAUAACGCCGAUCCCAUACCACAAGGUGUGUGUACGGGCUUCGGCUCUCCCUGCGCAUCAGCCGGGUAUGCAUUGGAAACACGAUGCCAUUUGGGGAAGAAGAUUGUGUACGAUACGGUAAAUAAGCUGGGAUGGCGGGUGGAUGUGAGGAAGCAUAUCAUCCGGGAGGUCAUCAUGAAUAUCCUAGAGCUAGAUCGCGAAUGGGAGGAGGGUAGAGAUGUACCGUUGGCAGUUGAAGAGGACGAAGAUUGUGUUGAUUGUUGGAAAUGGGAAUUUGGAGACUUCGAGGACAAUUGAAAUCACCUGUAGGUUAAAUUGUAUCAUAUCUCUCUCACAUUAUUAUCAGCCACGGACCACCUGUGGUCCCUUUCAAACUC